AUGUUUACCUUAGUGCUCGGAGAAGCUUGUUUGAGCGGCGCGGGACGAGAUGCCCUCGCCAAGUCCGCAUGCUCUGUUUUAAUCUUGAGCACUCCCUUCCUUCUCACUUAUCUUCUCACCUCUAUCCGAUUUCUCUGGAAGAAUCAACAUUACGAGAAGCUAGGAAAUAGGCGGCUUGUCAUACCUCCAUACUUUGUUCCCGGACUUGGCCACGCCUAUGCGAUUCUCUUCAACGCCGAGAAAUUCCUUCGUCCUCUACAGUCUCGCCUACAUAAUACCGUUAUAUCCCUCUCAGUACCUGGAAGUUCGCUUUGCUAUGUCCUUCCCGGUGAAGGCGUGCGGUCACUCUUCAAGGGGCCUCGAGACCUCGUCCCAGUACCUGGGAUCUUCGAUGCCUUGACAAUCUUCUUCGGCUUGGAAGCGGUGGACUAUCAUGUGUUCGACCACGAUCACAUCUCGGCAUUCGAGACGCGUGACGAAGCAGGACUCACAACUUCUCAUCCGGACGCAUCCCGAAGAAUCAUGGAACAUCAACGAAAAGACUUCAUCACCUUCUUGAACGGGGAGAAUCUGAGGCUUGUGAUGGAUAGAUUCUCUUCCAACUUCAGUCAACGACUCUGCCCAAAGAACGCUUCUGUUCCUAACCAAGAUCCCGUCGCCAUCCCUGAUUUGUACAAGUUCGUUCGCGACACCAUUUUCCGUGCGGAAGUCGAGGCGCUGUAUGGGAAGCACAUCUUCAGGCUUUGCCAAUCAUUUUGUGAAGACUUUUGGGCUUUUUACGAUGCGUUCCCUAUUGUCUCACGUGGGAGCCCACGAUGGAUGUAUCCGUCCCAGUACCGUAGGCGUGACCGGGUAAUCAGGAGUCUGAGCAAGUGGAGAGACUGGUGCAACUCUAACAGUAACAAUGAUGAUGCGGAACCGGGUGAUGCUGAAUCUGAUCCUAUCUGGGGCACCCGCUACGUGAGGAACAUGGUCCGGCGCUAUGAGAAUCUCGGGUUCUCGAAUGCCGGAACUUCGAGCGUCAUCCUGGGCUUCUUAUUUGUAACAACUGCAAACACCAUUCCAGCCGCCUGCUGGAUGAUGCUGCAUGCUCUCCUGGACGCAACUCUUACGUCCAGAUUAAGACACGAGUUAGACAUUAGAAACGACAGCAAGGCAGCAUCACUAGACUGCACAGCAUUGUCAUCGGCUCCGCUACUGAACUCAGUCUAUCGAGAAACAUUAAGACUUCACGUUGCCGGCGCUAUCGGCCGCAAAUCGGUCGGUGCCGGUCUCCGUCUCCACGGGGAUUCCUUCUCCACUUUACCAUCGGGGACCACCGCCUUAUCAGCAAGCUGGCUCGGCGGCCUCGACGGAGCCAUCUGGAACACGGGCCGGACCAUCAACGGGGUCAAAGAGCACUCUCUUGAUUCCUUCUGGCCAGAGCGGUUCCUCGAGUACCCCGAUGAUCCGACAAGCGGUCCGCUUCGGAAGUCUGACUUGGUGAUGCACAACUACACUGUAUCGGAGAAGUACGAUGAUUCCAAGGCUAAACUGUCGAAUCCAUCAGCGCUGCGAGGGCACUUUUUCCCCUUUGGAGGAGGCGCUUGGAGGUGUCCGGGCGAGACAUUGGCAAAGAAUACUAUUCUUGUCUCCGUCUUUCUCAUUCUAAGGGACUUUGACGUGGAGAUUUUGGAUCCGGCGGAUGCGGCCAAGGCUCGGUCACAUCAUCGAGCUAUGCCAUUUGGAUCGCAUGCAUUUGAUAGAGAGACAGUUUCUGAGUGGCAAGCCUCAUCAGCCAUGGUCUCAGCGUUCAUCGCGAGAGUCGCUGCCGCCGCGCUGGCCAUACUGCCGGCGUUGGCAGCGCGCAAAAACAUUAUCAUCGAUACUGACAUCUUCAGUGACUGCGAUGAUACCGGCGCCCUUCUCCUCGCGGCAACCUCACCAGACGUGAAUCUCCUCGGUGUCAACGUCAACUACCCUUCAACAUACUCCGUAACGGCAACCUCGGCAAUCCUCGCUCACUAUGGCCUCGGAGAUGUCCCCAUCGGCGCACGCAGGCCAAUGACAGAUGAGCCUUUCUUCGACACCUUCGCCUACGACCUAGGCGAGUACGCGAGCAAGAUCUCAUACCACUACUCGGGCGGCUCGCUCCCCUUUGGCCAGGCCGAAAACGCCUCGGACGCGGUGACGCUCUACCGCAAGAUCCUCGCCGGGGCCGACGAGCCCGUGACCAUUGUCUCCAUCGGCUUCUUCGAGAACCUCUCCGCGCUCUUAAACUCCACCGCCGACGCUAUCUCUAACCUCACGGGCCCCGCGUUGAUUGCAAGCAAGGUCUUGGAGCUGGUUGUCAUGGGCGGUGAGUACCCGUCCGGUCGUGAGUUCAACUUCUUUGGCGAUAACCCUUCACACACGGCGCACGUCGUGAACAACUGGAAGGGGCGCGUGGUUUUCUGCGGCACUGAGGUUGGCUCAAUCGUGCUGUCCGGAGCGAAGCUGCUCGCCGAGGGUCCCGUAUCGGAUCCGGUCCGGCAAGCUUACAUUUACUACAACUUUUAUCGGCCCCGGCAGUCGUGGGAUCCACUGACGGUGUUGUAUGCUAUGCAAGGUCUCGGGGACAUCUUUGAAUACGGUAACAAGUACGGGCGCAACUUUGUCCAUGCCAAUGGGUCGAAUGAGUGGGUCUAUGAUUGGAAUGUCACUAAUCAGCACUGGUUGAACCUCAAGGUGGACAAUACCACGGCGGCGGCGGCGCUGGACAAGUUGUACUUGGAGGGAGCGUGGUCGGUGGUGAACGAGACAUCUGCAUGA